AUGCUAUUUGAACUUCCCAUCAAUUUAUCUACUGAUUCGAAGUCUCAUGAGUCUGCCACUAACUUAAGAGCUUCAAAAACUCGCACUUUAGAAGUAUCAAUGGAAAGUGAAAGAGAAAUUGAAAGUGAAGCCCAAAGGAGCGAAUUGAAACAAAUAAAAGAAAAAAAGCUCGAAUUCUUCAGCCACAAACCUAAAUCAAAAAUUUUCCUCACAUUUUUAUUCAUAUUUUUUCGACCGAACGUGAAAUUAAUUCGCUGCGUACAGAAGUCACAAAAUGCUGAUUGGUUUUGUAAUAAAAUUCUAAUGAUUUAUCGAAAGAGUUUUGCUCAUUUAAAACAUCAAAGCAUUGAAAAGAAUUCAGCUCAUAUUUAA